AUGAUCUCGUCAAUUGUUUCGGUCUUCCAAUAUCUUUCAGUGAUUUAUUCUAAUGUUAAAUUUAUUAUUUCACUUGAUAACAAAAUAUAUAUCCAUAUUCUUCUAAUUCAAAUACUAUCCUUCAAACAAUGGGGCUUACGAUCCAUCCAUUGAACUUUGCUCGCGUAUUUACGCGCAAAUGAAUGUAUUACACGACCCGCUGGUUGUUGGUCUUGCUAUCAGGCCAGCCUAGCAAUCGCAUCCAUAAAAUAUACCCAUCGACUACUGCGACUGCUGCGAGUUCAUUUUAGUCAGUCUCAUACGUAGCUUCACGCGUGUAUAUCUUCACGUCCAUCGCCCCGUUUAGUAAUUGCCUUUAUUUUCUACUUUCGUCCAUUAUUGCCAUUCAAUUUUCGCUAAUCCCACCGUUCAUGUCCAGAGGCAGUGUUAUCCUUAGCGGUUUUAAGCGAUUGAUAACGGGAAUCGCAAGUAAUCGAGAUAAUAAUUUCUUUCGAUCAAUCUACACCAACAGCAGCGACAAGGUUCACACAAUUUAUGACCGUCGGGAGUGCAAACAGUUGUUGUUGCCGAUUGCGAUACGACGAAGCCUGUGUUCAUCAUCGUCAUCACCAUCGACGGUAGUAGUAGGCCACAACCAGCAGGAGAAGAUCGACAUGAGCGAGUUCAACACAAUCAGCCGGCCCUCCGCUCACCCGGAGUUACUGGCAAACAAUACCUACUUUCCUGACCUGCCCAAAUCGGGACCGUUGACCAAAUACCGAGAACAAUCCACCAUCGACUGGCGCAAAGUGAAACUAGCAUUCCACGAUGAAGCAUCCCUGGAGCUCCAGCACAGCACGUGGAACUUUCUCCAGAGCCAUCCCUUGUUCGCCAGACCCAACCGGCCCCUAUCGACCGAUGAGAGUCGCCACCUGGCGACGAAACAGAUGUAUGUGAUACACGACGCGAACCUUUUCGGCAUUGACAAGCUGCUGGAGCGGCCUGACUUCGUGGCAUUCUUCAACCACGUGCUGAUGGCUUAUGAGCCCAGUUUUGCCGUUAAGCACUCACUUGGGUUUGGGAUGUUUUCGUCGGUGAUCCAGGCCUUGGAUGUUGGUCGGCUGUCUCACAUCAUCCAGCAGAACCAAAGUGGCGAGAUUUUGGGAGCCUUUGGAUUGACUGAGAUUUCCCACGGAACCAACGCCAAGGGAAUGCGUACAACGGCAACCUAUGAUGUGAAAACCAAGGAGUACGUGCUGAACACACCGGAUUUCGAAGCAGCGAAAUGUUGGAUCGGGAACUUGGGUAAAACUUGCACCCAUCUCAUUUGCUACGCUCAGCUCUAUACACAGGAUGGAAAUCACCACGGAUUGAACGCCUUUGUAGUGCCGAUACGGGACCCAAAAACCUUGAACGCUUAUCCGGGUGUGGUAGUGGGAGAUCUUGGAGAGAAGUCCGGUUUGCAUGGAGUGGAUAAUGGAUUCGUCAUGUUCAAGAACUAUCGCAUUCCACGGGAUUAUCUGCUGGCCAAGACUGGUGACGUUAACGAAGAGGGGAAGUUCGUAUCACCGUACAAGGACGAAAGCAAGAGAUUUGGUGCGUCGUUGGGAGCGCUGUCUGGAGGCAGGGUUGGAAUUUGCGGUAUUGCAAACAUUUACCUCACGAAGGCCAUCAGUAUUGCCAUUCGCUACUCGGCCAGUAGGAAACAAUUCGGUCCCGAUGACAACUCCGAAGAGCUACCGGUUCUCGAGUACCAGUCGCAACAGUUCCGGCUGUUUCCCCAUUUCGCCAACGUGUUCACCAUCAAAAUGUUCAACAUAUGGUUUGCCAAGAUUUACGGAGAUGUUCUGCUGCGGAUGUUGAUGGGCCAAAAGAGCGAACACGUGGGCAUGGAGCUACACGCGUUGUCUUCGGCCGCCAAACCGGUCUGCACGUGGGCUGCCCGGGACGGUAUUCAGGAGUGCCGCGAAGCUUGCGGAGGGCACGGAUUCCUGAAGCUCUCGACCUUAGGUGAUCUGAGAAACGACAACGAUCCCAACUGUACGUACGAAGGGGAGAACAAUGUUCUCAUACAGCAAGCGUCGAAUUGGCUGCUGAACAUUAGAGCACGUGGGUUCGACGCGUUUGGGGUUGUUUCACCGCUCGGAUCGGCCGCCUUCUUGAAAGAAUCCGCGAAGAUUCUAAAUUCGAAGGCAAACUGGAAAACUUCCCAGCAGGCAGUAGAUGUUCAAGGUCUACUGGAAGCCCUCAACUGGCUAGUGGCAUUCUUACUUGAGGAAACGUACGCCAAGAUGACGUUGUUGAAACAGAAUGGCAAGUCGUCUUUCGAAGUUCGAAACGAGUCGCAGUCGUUCUACGCAAGAACAUUGUCGAUUGCGUACGGCGAGAGAGCGCUGAUCUACGUAGCGGAUAAGUUCUUGAAAAAUCUUGAAGACGGCGCGGAGAAAAUCGCUUUCCAGCGAUUGGUUUCACUUUGCGGAUCUAACUUUGUCUUGAAGUAUAGUGGCAUCUUCUACCAGGGCGGAUACUUCGCUCAGACUCCCAAUGCGAUGAACCUGCUGCAGCAAGGUGUUCUGGAACUGCUUCCCCUGAUUAAGACUGAUGCCAUUUCGCUGGUCGAUGCCAUUGCUCCCCCUGAUUUUGUACUUAACUCUCCCCUGGGCAUGAGCGAUGGCGAAGUGUACAAACACAUGGAGUCGGCCAUUAUGCAAGCACCGGGAGCUUUGGAACGGCCACAGUGGUGGCGUGACGUGGUUUAUAGGGACUACAUCAAAGCGAAACUGUAGAAUAUUUGAAAAUAAUAAUGUAUGUGAUAAACAACUUCUUGGGAUAUUAUUUGGGUAGACAAAUAAAAACAGAUUUAAAUUUUUAA